AACUCCCAUGAGCGAACGUGCACGUUAUUGUCAACAUGGACUUUUCACUUCAGGUCGAACGACCAAACGUGUGCAAAAUACAGUUUCGGAAACCAGUAAUCUGUUUACAAAAUAAGGUUGUUGACAUGUUAUGACCCAUGCUAAGCGGUUGUCACGCUGUAUACGAUCGAACAGACCGCUAAACAGUAGCUAGAAGUAGGUCAAUAGGUAAUGUCGGCUAACAGGAGCACCAAAUAUCCAUGUGACAUUUCUCGCAAACCGACUGUAUGGAUUUCUACAUAAAUGUAUUGAUUAAUUUGCGCGUCUUGUCUUAUAUGAGUUUGAACUUCAGAAUUGACUUUCCUGGAUAAAUAUUUAAUGCGGAUGGUGUUGGUUGGCAGAACACGAAAUAUUAACACAAGAAUUUCUGGAUCAGCGCGUUGACAGACAAUGUAUGCCAGUAUUAUUUCAGUGGUAGCCGUGUCGCUGAUGUACGUCAACUCGGCAGAGGCUUCUGCCGGCGACAGAUCCUGGUUUUAUCAGAGGUGUGUGAGGAACUGUUACACUGCCAACUGUUCAGAUGUAGACACGUUUCUUCAGAAACAACCAUAUCAUCUUCAGUUAUUGCACUGGAAUUGUAUCGAUGAAUGUAAAUAUGACUGCAUGUGGUCCACUGUGGAUGCUUUUGGACGUGAUGGAAGUGGAGUUCCACAGUUUCAUGGGAAGUGGCCGUUUGUCCGCAUCCUGGGUGUACAGGAGCCUGCAUCAACUCUCUUCUCCAUCCUCAACGGACUGUCCCACCUGGGGCUGGUCAGGUUUCGGUCGCAGGUGUCCAGGUCCUCUCCUCUCUACUAUGUCUGGCACGGGGCGGCUGUGGUUGCAGUAAAUGCUUGGACAUGGUCCACUGUCUUCCAUACAAGAGACACCGACUUCACCGAGAAAAUGGACUAUUUCUUUGCCUUUUCCAUUGUGCUUUACAACGUGUUCAUCUUUAGUUGCAGGAUUCUGGGGACGAAAGUAAAAUGGCGGCCGUGCUUGGUCGGUGUGACCCUUCUCCUGAUCUACUUUCAACACAUCUACUAUCUGGCUUUCAUCAAGUUUGACUAUGGUUACAACAUGAAGAUGAAUUUAGGCAUUGGCGGGGUAAACAUGUUCGGAUGGCUGAUCUGGUGUGCCAUGAAGUACAAGAAACAGCGCUAUGUAUGGAAAUGUGCUGCUGUUGUUGUCGGAAUCAAUGCCUUGCUGUUGCUGGAGCUGUUUGACUUUCCGCCAUAUUGGUGGGCCCUUGAUGCUCAUGCACUGUGGCAUGCUGGGACUGCCCCCCUCGGAUUGUUGUGGUACAGUUUUAUCAUUGAUGACUCCUUGUAUCUGAAACAGCUGGAGGAAGACAUGGCGCUCAAACUGGAUUAACGACAAUGACGACAACUACAGACAGCAACAAUUACAGUGACAAAAACUUCUACAACAGUAAAAGGCCACAGUGUUUCCAGAGCUUCACAUCCCAUAUCAGUGUUCACGAAUAGCGUCUGACCCUCGGACAAAUCCGACAAAUUUGCCAACAGUCUGAUAAAAGUGUACAACCGGUCCUGUGAAUUUUCAAUGGGUCAGACAGACAUCUGAAACUUACAGGACCCAAUGUCCUGUUAUUUUAAAACACCAUUCGUGAACACUGCCAUAUAACCAUAUAUUGUUUCAACCAAUCAGAGACCUGCACUCACUGUUAUUUUUUAUUUUUAUUAACCAUGCAUACUAACAUUACAGUAAGGGUCUUCUUGCAUUCCGAGCCGAGUGGCUUUGGCAGCCCAACUGGGGAAAUGGUUUUUUUUAUGUUUAAUCUGGUAUUUCUUCAAGUUCUGAAUUCCUUCAAUUCAAAUUCUAUUUGUCAGUAUGUUGAAAGCAAUUAUGUGGAAAAAUGAAAUCCUUUCCCUUUAUUUGUACUUAUCAGACACAAGACUACAAAGGUGGGACAUUAGUUUUUACUGAAACAUAUUAAAUUGUGCAGGUUUUUAAUUCCAAUAUGAAUAUUUUUACUAAUAUUUGCUGCAAACUUACAGACAAAUAUAGGCAUGGAAGCAGGUUUAGAGAAGUCCCUGACUAUGUUCUUGUGAAUAUCUGCUGAUAACAAUAUGCUGUGUUAUAUGCCUCCAAUACAU